AUGAUGCAUAAGAAAUCAAGAAAACCGAAGGCCAAGUCAAUAAAAUGCGCUAAUGGAUGCAAAACUGAGGUGUCAGCCGAUGAUCCAGUUCAAGCCGAAGCUAUUCAAUGUUGCCAUCAAGAUGAACAAUUUGAUUGGGUUGAACCUGUUGAUAAUUGUUCACGUUGGCUCUGCAACAAUUGUAGAAUUAAGCUCAGUAUAAAUGUGAAAUCUUUAUGGUUCUGCUGUGAUCAUGAAGAAAUGCACCUCGAUGAAGAUGAAAGUGAAGAAUUAUGA